AUGAAAGAACAACAGGGGUCCCCAGACCAACUGCCUGCUGAUAAAGGCCAAGGAGAGACUGGAGCUAUAUAUAAGUUGGUGAUUUUUGAGUCUGAGAAUUUUUGUGGAACAAAAGUGGAGUUGUCUGCUGAAUGUGAAGAUGUGCCGGAGAAGACACGAGUUGGCUCAGUCAUUGUGGAGUCAGGACCAUGGGUGGGGUUUGAGCGUCCAGGCUUUGCAGGAGAGCAGUUUGUGCUUGAGAAAGGAGAGUAUCCUCGCUGGAGCACCUGGACCAACUGCCACCACAGCUACCGACUGAGCUCCUUCAGGCCUCUGAAAAUGGACAGUGCAGAUCACAAGUUGCACCUGUUUGAGAAUGCAGGCUUUGAAGGCAGAAAGAUGGAGAUUGGUGGUGAUGAUGUCCCCAGUUUGUGUGCUCAUGGUUUCCAUGGCCGUGUGGCCAGUGCUAAGGCUAUCAGUGGAGUGUGGGUGGGAUACAUGUAUCCAGGCUACAGAGGGAGUCAGUUUGUGUUUGAGCGUGGAGACUUCAGGCACUGGAAUGAUUGGGGAGCUGCUGCACCUCAGAUCCAGUCUGUCCGACGUGUGAAGGACAUGCAUUGGCACAAAAAAGGGUGUUAUGUUGCCCCUACCCCUACAACUCCUAAUCCCAAACCCAGUCCUAAUCCUAAACCUCUAACUCACCCCCAAUCUUAA